AACUGAUUGGUUCAUUCCUGACAGUGUUCAUUCAAAAAGCAGCCUUAUCAUUGGCGAAAUAUCACAUUUCUCUAGAACGUUCUUUACAUUGAUAUCAUUACGGAUUAGUGUUUUUUUAGUGUAACCUAAUUUUCAAGUUAAUUCUAUUCGUGAUUAUGUCGUUUUCAUCUGAUAGACCAAGUUUCAGGGAACGAACGAGGGGGAAAUCUGGUGAUGAAUAUGUAGAAGAAAUGUUAAAAAAUUUGAAGCAGAAAAACAGAAAGUUUUUUGACUCCUAUCCCAAAUGGAAGACUGGCUUUCCCUUCGAUGAUGGUUUAGAGAGGGAAGGAAGUGCUGGGGGUAGCAGCUCUAAUCUUCAAUCCCAUCUCGCUGAUCUAGCUGCUAGGCAUCCGGAAAUAGCCGAAUCAUUUGUUGGCUUUCUUUCUGACGAAAUUGGAAGAAACACUAAAGAAAAUCAAGAAAAAAGUGAUAUAAAAACAGAACCACCACAAACCAGUGAGAUAAAUAAGCCUACUAAACCUGCACAAACCACAACACAAGGUACUCAAACUGGAAGUUUAGAAAGUGAUAUUAAACUGCGUAACACUGUUCCUGACAUGCAGUCAUCUACUCAGAACUCUACGGAGGCAAACUGUGAUGACCGUUCACAAAGAUCACAGUCUGCACCACCCCAGACGACUUCUAACUCUUCACUUAAUAAGCAGAAAGAAGAAGGAAUAAGGCAUAUUCCAAUUAGGACCGAUGUCCCCCCAUCAGGACAGCAGAUUCCUGCACGACCUCAGCAGCAAUUUCAGAAUCCUCCUUUUACUCAGCAACAUUUUCAACAAAACCCUCAUCAACAGCAUUCGCCUGAUCCGAGAAAUCAAGAAGAAAAAGGUCCUACUAUUCGACAUAUCCCGAUAUUUGUGGAAGGUAGGGAUGAACCUAUUCUGCCAAAGGAUGCAGCUCCUGCUGGCAUGAAGAGAGGUGGCUGUCAGGGAAAGGCAGAAUCUAAUUCUGGUAAAAGAGGAGCUCAGCCUGAAGAAAAACGUCAACAGCAACAACAAACAACUGAACCGCCUCCACAACCACAACAGGCUCAACAACCUCAACCUCAACCUCCUUCAAAACCUGACCCUUUGGCUCAGGUUGCUGAUAUUCUGAAAGAAGUAGAAGAACUUUCUACAAGAGUUAAUGAAUGGAAAGGGACUACUCGCAGUGAGAAGGAAUAUAUUUAUUUAGAUGAAAUGUUAACAAGGAAUUUAUUGAAACUUGACAACAUAGAAACUGAGGGUCGCGAAGAAGUAAGAACCGCUAGGAAAGAUGUCAUCAGGAGGAUACAGGCUGCCAUUUCUAUUUUAGAGUCAAAAUCUGCGGAGAGCUCUGACCAAAAUCAAAUCCAGGGAGCUGAUGAACAAAUGGAUUCUUGUGACAAAACUGAGCUGUCAUCUCAGGCUGAACCUAUGGACAUUGAAGAGUCUAAAAGUGAAUCUUCUCAACAAUUAAAUCAAACUACACAAUUGUCUCAUACCUAGAAACUAAUUUGCUUAGGUACUCUUAAUUGCUUAAUUAUAUUUGUGUACCUUGUGUAAACAUAUACACUCAGGUACACACACAUCUUGUCUUAUAACCACUAUUAAUCGUUUUAUUUUUUUAAAGAAUUGCCUUACUGAAAAAGAGUGCUGUUAUUACCAGGAUUAAUAAAGUACUAAGUAUUGUUAGUUUAAAUUGCUAUUAAUCAAUAAUUAAUAAAGAAAAUUAAUUAAAGAUUCAAUAGUCAUUGUUUAUCUAAAUUGGAGUAGAUACAAUUAUUAUACACAUCAAUGAUCAAUAAUUGAUUGAAACUGCUUUAAUAGGUCUUUAGAACUGUAAAAAUAAUUUUUAAAAUUGUUUAUCACAUAACUUAUAACUACUAUUUUCUUUAUAUAUUUAAGAUUACUUUAUAAAUAUUGUAAAUGAUUUUAAAUUAAUAAGUUGUAUAUUUCAGUUUUUUAUUCUGUCACUAAGCUCUGAAAUGAACAUUUUAAGUUAUUUUUUAUUAAGAUUACUAAAUAUUUAUUCUAGUCCUCUUUAUUACAAAGGGCUGAAGGAUCAAGUAUUUUUCUAGAUUUUAGACUUUGAUAAUGGAUGGUGAUCAGCCUGUUUAAGUAUGGAGCUAUGUUAUAUCUAUAUUAUUUGUUUUAUUUUUUUGUUUUUUUUAUUAUCAUAUUUCGUUAUUCAAAAAAGGAUAUAAUUUUAUACCUAUUUGUUUUAGCAAUAGAAGAAACUGUUAAAUAAAUUUUAAGUUAGUCUAAUAUUAUUUUCAUUGUCCCAAACUUCUAUGAUACUUCAUAAUGAUAUUAUUUCUUUACAAUAUUAUGGGAGUAUACAAGUGCAUUCGAAAUUGGAAAUAAAUUGAAAUCAACGGAUAUAAUUUAACAUAAGUUACAAUUACAGCACUCCAUUUAUUAGAAUAUGGAGUGCUUGUGAAAAAAAUUAUAAGAAAAUGUAUUGCAGGUAAUUUCCUCAUUUUUAUUCUAAUGCAGAAUCACUUUUUGCAUUAAAAUAUUACAUUAUAAGUUAU